CACGCACCAACCACACCAACUUUUUCCCUUGUGAAAGGAGGUUCCUGGCCGUGUCACUUGGCUUCAUUUACUCAUCAUAUCUAACUUCAUCCACUUCCAAAAUAACAGCACUAUAAAAGAUCCUCUAAUUUGGUGUGACCUUUGGAACAUAAAACACUUGUGUUAGUGUUUGUUUACUCGUCAUAACUAACUCGAUACUGCAUUUCCUUUUUUUUUCUUUAGUUACUGUGUUGGAAUUUUCAUUCCUCUUUCUUUCUUGGGUUGGCCUAGCAGGCACUAUGCUAGAGGGGCAUCAACUUUUGGGUUUUGGCUUCUUUGUAGUUGGUUUAUGGCACUUCUUCAACCACGUCAAGCUCCAUGCCCUUAGUUCUAAGUCCUACACAUCAACCCUAUGGUUUCCCACCACAAUAUCCAGAUACUUGGAGCUCCACUUCAUCAUGGCAAGCUGCACCAUCUUUAUUGCCAUGGAGCUCUUCAUUGCUCCCAUUCAUCACCAACCAUUUGACGUUGAUGGAACCAUUCCCACCACCCAUCUCCACAACUUUGAACACUCUUCCAUGGCCAUGGCUUUCUUGGUGUAUGCCAUCUUUGCCAUAGUUCUUGAUAGAAAAUGCAGCAAAGCUCAAAAUGAGCUAACUCAUUUGCUGGGAGCCAUAGCUUUUACACAGCAAUUUCUUCUUAUCCACCUUCACUCUAGAGAUCACAUGGGACCAGAAGGCCAAUACCACUUCUUGUUGCAACUUUUGAUUCUUAUUUCUUUGGCUACAACCCUCAUGGGAAUUGGCAGGCCUAAGAGCUUCUUGGUCUGCUUUGUACGUUCUGUGAGCAUUGUCUUCCAAGGUGUGUGGCUUAUGAUCAUGGGGUUCUUGCUUUGGACACCAGGAUUUCAAGCCAAAGGUUGUUUCAUGCACCUUGAAGAAUCUGAUGAAUAUGUGGUGAAAUGCAGUGACGAUGAUUCUCUUCAUCGUGCUAUCUCCUUGGUGAACAUUCAAUUCAGCUUCUUGUUGAUUGUAGUCACCGUUUUCGCCAUGUCUUUCUACUUGAUUAUUGUUAGAAGAUAUGGUGAAAAGGUGGAGUAUGUUUCAUUGAUAAAGGAGGAACAUUACCGUGACGAAGAUGGAUUGGUGAAACAUAAGGGCUCUAUCGACAACGUUGAAAAUAGCAUGGACGUUGAAUCCCAAUCUCCAAAGAAAAGCAAGCAAGAGCAUAUUUAAAUAGAGCACUUUGUGAAACCAAAGGCAUUACUGGUGUAAGUGGUCCGUUUUCAACAUAAUUAUUGUAAAAAUUAAUAAUUUUAUUGUUUUCGUUGAAAAAUACUUGUAGUCUCUAAAGAUUUGUCUGGUAGGAUAACAAAUUAACUCGAGUGCAAAUAUAUUGCUUAAAUUAAACUCUACUUUGAGAUAAAUUAUUCGUGACAAUGCGGUUAUUCCGAGUAUACUUAACGCUAAUUAGGAAAACUCCAUUCACAAAACCACGACUUGCACAGCAUAGCAGCCCAUCAGAACGAAAGAGACAACAUCUCAACUAUAAGACAAUGAUAAGUGAAAGCACACAAGUCUUAGCUCAACCAAACAUAAGAUAUCA